AUGACUGACUUUGACCUUUUGAAACUGCAGGUGAUGGCCAGAAACCAAAGUAAAUGUCAGACUUGUCUUCGACUGGGCCUGGAGUGCGUGCAGUUCGACAUCUUCUGUCCCAUCAACGUCGUCACGCCGACUCGCGAUUCUCGGCCGACCAGAGCAGUGACCGACGGCGAGGACCAAGAGGAGUCGAGUCCAUCCUCGUCGGGCUCGGCUGAUGAUGCGGACGUCUCUAGCAAUGCGGCGGAGUCGUCGCCAUCGUCAUCUUCGUCUGUGGCGUUGAUCCCGGCAUCGACAGCAUCAACAACAGUAUGGCGGCACUCUGAGCUGAUGCUGUUGGACUCCUCCCCGUCAUCUUCAUCUUCUUCUUCAUCACUAUCACCGUCAUUCGGCCAACAGCAGAUCGUCUUCCGCACUCGCGGCAGCGCAUCGGCCAUGCGGCACGGGCCGUCGAUGGCUGGACCUGUGCCAUCGCUGUCUGCCUUUUCUUACCUGUCUACGAACCAAUACUUUUUCCUGCAGUACUACCUGGAGCGGCUGAGCAACGUGCUGGUCAACGCCAACAGCGAUUCCAACCCGCUCAAGUCGCUCAUCUUACCGCGCAUCGCCUCGUCGAAUCUGCUGCUGGACGCCAUCUGCGCUACGGCGUCGUUGCACCGGUCCAGCGCAUCUGAUGCGGAUCGAUCGGCGUAUUCCAAUGCGGCGACAAGAUACUACGUCCGAGUGCUGUCGGCCGUGCGCGAUUUGAUCCCCCAAGUGACCAACUCGAGCUCAAAGCUGUUGAAACCGGGCAGCAGCAGCGGUAUAAUGAUGAUAUCCGAAGGAGAGACAAGUCCUGGGACCAGCAAAGGCAGUAGAAGCAGCAAGAAUGGCAACAAAAACAGCAAGAGGAACAGCAACAAAAACUUUAACAAGAAUAGCAAGAGCAAGAGCAAGAGCAAGGCGGGCGUCGAGGAUGUUGAAAUGGCCGAGAUGGCCAUCUUGGCGUCCAUCUUCCUCUGCAAGUAUGAGAUCAUCAAAGACGGCGUGGAGAGCUGGCGCCUCCAUUUGAAAGGCAUCGAAUCGCUUUGCCGGUCACUGAGUGCCGACCAGACGUCUUCCAUGGCCCCCACGCUGGCUUAUGUUCGCAGUUUCAUGUCGUAUCAUAAAAACAUUGCGCGCGUUACCGAAUAUGCGCCGCAUUCAAUAGACGACGAGUUUGAGCACGAGCCGUUCGAACUUGGCAAGCUUUUUCCCGUAGAUCCGUACAUGGGUUUCUCCCAGAGUCUCAUCAUUCUGCUGGGCCGUGUCAGCGAUCUGUUGGUGAUUAACACGAGAGACGGGCCACACGAGCUGAGGCGAGAAAUAGAGACAAUAUUAGAGUUGCUUUCCAGGAGAAGCUGGGACGCGGACCGCUUCGCUAUCCCCGAAGGCAUGGGCAUGUCGACGAUUGAAAACUCAACCACCAUCGCUGAGGCGUAUUAUUGUGCCGUCAUCGCCUGCAUCCACGCCGUACUCGAAGUUGUAGCCGAGAGAGAAGCCGCAGCCGCCGUUUCCCCCAUGACCAUGACUGAGGAACAGUUCCAGUUUGGGUCUCCUCAGUAUCAGCCUUCAUCACAGGCCUUUAUCGACUGGCCAUCUCUGCACGCCCUUCUCCCUAUGCCUAAAGCCGAUGCUCUGACUGAAUGCCUUGCCGGCAUAGCACGAGUACCGCUUGGAGCCCCGGAAGAAGCCGGUCUUUUGCCACUGCUCUUCAUCGUGGCAGUCGAGACGACACGAGAAGAUCAGGCACAGGAGGCUCUCGUGAGGGUCGAGGCUCUGGGGUGCCACAUUGGAUUAGGAAACGUGCAAUGUGCGAGCGAUUUGCUAAAGCAGGUGUGGUUGAGGCGGUCGACACAGCCGAAUUUUCAUGAUUGGCGAGGGCUAUUAGCGCAGCUGCAGUGGGAUCUCAUCAUCACUUGA